GAGCGGUGACCGGGCCGGGCCCCGCCGUUACCGGAGCCCCCUCGCCCUCACACAGCGCGCGAGGCGGGCCGGCUGCGCCUGCGCAGUGCGGCGCGGCGGUGAGGCCUCGCCUCCCCUCAGCGGGCGGAGGGAGGAGCCGCCCCGCUCCCCGCCAAUAUGGCCGGGCGGGAGCGGGGGGCUGUGGCGCUGCCUCUGCCCGGCGGCUCCUGAACGCCCACCCGCAGCGGUAGGGUGAGGGGCUGGGGGGAGCCUGCCCUCCCCGCUGUGGGAGCCGCGGCCAUGGACGAGCAGAGCGUGGAGAGCAUUGCUGAAGUAUUCCGAUGUUUUAUUUGUAUGGAGAAAUUGCGUGAUGCACGUCUGUGUCCUCAUUGCUCCAAGCUGUGCUGUUUCAGUUGUAUUCGGCGUUGGCUGACUGAACAACGAGCUCAGUGCCCUCAUUGUAGAGCCCCGCUGCAGCUACGAGAGCUCGUAAACUGUCGUUGGGCAGAAGAGGUCACACAACAGCUUGAUACGCUUCAACUGUGCAACCUCACAAAGCACGAAGAAAAUGAAAAAGACAAGUGUGAAAAUCACCAUGAAAAGCUUAGUGUUUUCUGCUGGACCUGUAAGAAGUGUAUCUGCCACCAGUGUGCGCUUUGGGGAGGAAUGCAUGGAGGACAUACGUUUAAGCCACUGGCAGAAAUCUAUGAGCAACAUGUCACAAAAGUGAAUGAAGAAGUGGCAAAGCUUAGGAGGAGACUCAUGGAAUUGAUCAGUUUGGUGCAAGAAGUGGAGAGGAAUGUGGAAGCGGUGCGUAGUGCGAAGGAUGAACGAGUUCGGGAAAUCAGGAAUGCAGUGGAGAUGAUGAUUGCCCGAUUAGACACUCAGCUGAAGAAUAAGCUUAUAACGUUAAUGGGUCAAAAGACAUCUCUUACUCAAGAAACGGAACUUCUGGAAUCCUUGCUUCAAGAAGUAGAACAUCAGUUACGAUCGUGCAGUAAGAGUGAGCUGAUAUCCAAAAGUUCAGAGAUCCUGAUGAUGUUCCAGCAGGUUCAUCGGAAGCCUAUGGCCUCGUUUGUCACUACUCCUGUCCCCCCAGACUUCACAAGUGAGCUGGUUCCAGCCUAUGACUCAACUACAUUUGUUUUGGAAAACUUCAGUACAUUGCGUCAGCGAGCAGAUCCUGUUUACAGCCCACCUCUUCAAGUGUCAGGACUUUGCUGGAGGCUAAAAGUUUAUCCGGAUGGAAAUGGAGUAGUACGGGGCUACUAUCUGUCUGUGUUCUUGGAGCUGUCAGCUGGAUUGCCAGAGACAUCCAAGUAUGAGUACCGUGUAGAAAUGGUUCACCAAUCCACCAACGAUCCCACUAAAAACAUAAUUCGAGAGUUUGCCUCUGAUUUUGAAGUUGGAGAAUGCUGGGGUUACAACAGAUUCUUUCGUUUGGAUUUGCUAGCCAAUGAAGGCUAUUUAAACAGGCAAAAUGACACUGUGAUCCUCAGGUUCCAAGUGCGCUCACCAACCUUCUUCCAGAAGUGCCGAGAUCAGCACUGGUACAUCGCUCAACUGGAAGCAGCUCAGACAAGUUACAUCCAACAAAUAAAUAACCUUAAAGAAAGGCUUGCGAUUGAACUUUCCCGGACUCAGAAAUCACGAGGCAUUUCACCUCCAGACACUCAUCUUAGUCCCCAGAAUGAUGAUGGUCCAGAAACAAGAUCAAAGAAAGCUGGACAAAGCACUGAAGUACUACUUGAGAACGUCGCUGCUCCAGGAUUAGUGCGAGAUAGCAAGGAAGAGGAGGAAGAGAAGAUCCAGCAUGAAGACUUCAACCAUGAGCUCUCUGACGGUGACUUGGAUAUAGAUCUUGCUGGAGAAGACGAGGUGAACCACCUUGAUGGUAGCAGCUCUUCAGCUAGUUCGACAGCAACUAGUAACACAGAAGAAAAUGAUAUUGAUGAAGAAACUAUGUCUGGAGAAAAUGACGUGGAAUAUAGCAGUAAUAUGGAGUUGGAAGAAGGAGAUCUCAUGGAGGAUGCAGCAGCUGCUGCUACCCCUGGAGCAUCAGGUAUGAGCCAUGGCUACACCAGUGCAAGUGGAAGACCUUCAAGGCGGGGAGGAAGUACCCUAGGCUCAACAGCCAGUAGCAGUUUACUAGAUAUAGAUCCCUUAAUUUUAAUCCACUUGCUGGAUCUAAAAGACAGGAACGGUAUGGAGAACCUUUGGGGCCUUCAGCCGCGUCCACCUGCCUCUCUUCUGCAGAGCAGAGCAUCAUCCUAUUCUCUAAAAGAUCGCGAUCAGCGGAGGCACCAGGCAAUGUGGCGUGUGCCACCUGACUUGAAGAUGCUGAAAAGACUUAAAACUCAGAUGGCUGAAGUUCGAAGCAAAAUGUCUGAUGUAAAAAAUCAACUGUCAGAAGUGAGAAGCAGCAAUGCUGGCUCAUGUGAUGGACAGCCCAGCUUCUUCUCCAUUGAGCAAGGUGCUCUAGCUGCCUGUGGAACGGAAAGCUGCAGCAAGCUGCAAGAAAUAGGAAUGGAACUACUGACAAAGUCUUCAGUUACCAGUUGUUACAUAAGGCAUUCUGCAAGUAAGAAAAGCAAUUCACCCAAGCCCAUUCGCUCUGGAGCAGCUGGUAGUCUGUCUUUACGAAGAGCUGUGGACUGCGGGGAUAGUAAUCUUCGUUUGAAGGGGGAUGGUCAAACUUCUGAAGGUGGCAUAGGGAGCUCAAAGCUGAGCAGUCGGCAUCACCCUCCCAGGCCCCUGGCUAACAGCAGUGCUUCUGAGGCGCUGCCUAAGCCGGAGGAAAGACCUUGUGAAGGUUCAGAUUCCGAUGUGGGAGUUUCUGGCUUAAAUGGCUUAGCUGCUGUAGAGAAGACCAGAAAAGUUGGUGCUUUGGGAUCGAAUUCAAAAGGAUGUCGUACAGAAGGAGCACAGGCAGGUGGUCUGGAAAACAACUCUGAAACUGGUGAACUGCAGGGCAUGCUUUCUGAAGGUGCUUCUGCAGGGCCAGAAGAAGUUUUUGGUUUUUUGGGUUUUCUUGCAGCUGGGGUAUGUCAGAAGCAUGUCCUUCAUCUCCUACCAGGAAUGAGCAGUGACAGUGACAUUGAAUGUGACACAGAAAACGAAGAGCAGGAGGACGCCACCUCGGCCUCAGAGGGGUUUAACCAUGCCUUCUCUGUCCAGCCCUCGAGCGAAGCCUCAGAGCGGUGCUCAGUGUUCCCAGAGGGCGACCAAGUCGGUCCUGAUGAUCUCGGCUUCGUUACUGGAGAAGACAGCACCAGAUAGAGCACGGGCUUGGGGCCUGAAGAUCUGCUGGGGCCUGAAGACCUGCCGGCUCCUGUCCCCUGGAAGAGACAAGUUUAUUCACCGGAGCUUAGUCCGAGGCUGUUGUUUAUGGCUGUGCGCACACUCCAUUCUGUCAGAUAACCUCCUGUGGUGCUUCUACAGUCAUCUUAACCCUGUUACUUGGGGCAAAAGGACCUCUGAAGGCCUUGCACUGAAGGUUGCAUUACUGCUGGCUCUGCCAGCUUCAGAUGCUCUGCACAAAUGUCCAAAAGGGGCUGGAGCCCUGCUCUGGGAUGUGUGUCCUAUUGUGUCACUGGAACAACAGCCACCGCGCGAGUGUCCUCAUUUGAAAGGCUCUGAACCGAUUGUGUGCCUGCCGCGUCCCGCAGGUGUGACGGGUCGGGAGGUGGGGCGAGACAGCUGGCACGGACGUUGUUCUCCUCAGCCCGUGGUGGGGACCAACCCAGCGCGUUGCCAAACUCUGUGCCGCUGCGCGUUGCAUUUUGAGCUGCUAAACUACUUGUGAAGCUACGGUGAAAGCCGAGUACCUGGUUAGUGACAAAGCAUGGAUAACUGUAAGCGGUAGCUGUCCUUGUCUCAGCCGGCUGUCCUGACAUUCACUUCUGUGUGACUGUGCCGUGGUGUCAGUGCUGUACGACUCGUAGUUUAAAACUGUUUGCACUUUGUUAAUAAAAUGAAUGUUGAAAUCUGA